AUGAGUGAAGAUUUCCCGGACCUGAGUACUCUGCCCUGCCCGGCUUGGGUUUUUACUUAUGGUUCCAAUACUCACAUUGCAAAAGACCGUUAUUGGUUUGGCAUCGACUACAGGCCAAUUACAUCCACCGUCACUGACGGCCCCGGAGGUAGUACUGUGUCUGUCAUCGGCAUUGGCACUGUGAAUCUCCCCCUCAAAACGAAGCCCGACGAUAGACAUCCCGGUAACAGCAUCAUGACGCUACGGAACGUUCUCCAUGCCCCCGAUUCCCUAUGCAACAUGAUUGGCGCGCCAGCUAUUCAUCACUACGAAUUUUCCCUACGCGCGGGUCCUGGAUUCCGGGGCACCAUUUCACUCGGCGAUGGCACCCCCGUUGGUUUUUUCGCUCCUCAUGCUGUCUUCUUCGAGGUGCAGCUGAGCGAUCCUCCCAUUGGACCCAUCGUCGGCCCUUCACCAUUUACCCCCGGCGUCUUUUACUGGAUCAAUGCCACAUGGUCAACUGAGGAGCGCGAAAAGUGGAUGCAUGGUGUAGGCGCCCUGAUGCGCUUCCGCCACCCUGCAUGUAACGCAGGAAACGCCCCAUUCUCUCUCUGA